AUGGCGUCACCGGCCUGUCUAUAUAGAAGUUAUAGAAAACUAGCAGUAAAAAUUGUGAAGAUGAACUCCAGAUUACAAUUCUUGAAAGAAUGUCGAGUAAGAAAAGUUUAUCCAAUGUCCAUUUUUAGAAUUAAGUUACCUAAUGAAUGUAUAUCAAUACGGGAAAGAGUAAAACUGCUAUGCUUAAAUAAUUCAAUUAAACGAGUAAAGAAUUUAAAGUACAGAACCAUUAAAGAAAUAGUGGACCUGGAAGAUGACAUAUUCGAAAAGAACCCAGAUAUCUUGGCGAGUAUCAAUUUAAGAGUAGUUGGGUUAACGGACCGGUUAAGCAUUAGUUUAAAGAAGAAAUACAUGAAGAAACUGCUGUGGAUUUCGAAAAAGCAGCCGUCCAAGCUUAAGAGCAUUUUGAAGCCAACCCCGUAUAUAUUAUGGGAUCAGAUUCAACUCCCGCAAUGUGUCAAACAAGUUCUGGAAAAAGGUCCUAAUUAUGCUCCUGACAACACUAGGAACUGGAGGGGCGUAGUAGCGGAAGUAGAAAGAGGAAUCGUAGGUAUGUGUGAGGUUGAUAAGGACUAUUACAGAUGGAAGACGGCAUUCAAAACUGAAAAACACUCUAUGAGGCAAGGUAAAGAAUUGAGCAUCAACCAAGCUAAAAAAUGGUUGAAUCACAAUGAUAUAGUGGUCACUAGGGCAGAUAAGAGUAAACAUUUGGUCCUAAUGAAGAAACAAAGGUACAUUGAAGCCCUGGAUGACUAUAUAAAGAAAACGGAGUGUGAAGAGGUAGACCGAGGCAUUGUUGAAAGAGUUGACAGAAAACUAAGAAGAUUGGAAAAAUCGCCCAUAGCAUCGUUAUUCCCUUUCCUAAAAGGAGCCCACAUCACCUGCCCAAGUGUACCUAGGUUGUUUGGGUUCGCAAAGACACAUAAAAACAGUAAAGAGAUCAGACCGGUAGUAGAGAAGUGUAAAGGACCAACAUACAUUCUGGAAAAACGUAUGCAUAGGCAUUUAACACAACUAAUUGAAAACUACCAAUUUGUUACAAAGGACCCGUUUAGUUUGGUUAAAGACCUGCAGGAUCUGUCGUUAAUGGACAAUGAGAUUGGGACAGUUAUGGAUUUCGAAAGUAUGUUUCCAUCAAUAAAUCUUACCUCGUGUUUUCAGGAAUUAGUGAACCUGUUAUGUGAGUUACAACCAAAAGCAUACGAACACAAGAAAGAUUUAGAGAUAAUGGUUGAUCUGAUAUGCUUUCAGUCGUUUUUCAUUUUCCAAGGUAAAGUUUAUAAGCAGUUAAGGGGAGUCCCGAUGGGCAGCCCGAUGUCUGGCCUACUCUGUGAGUUGGUGCUGAGAAAAUUAGAAAGCAUGACGCUUAUCAACUAUAAUGAGUACAUAAUCAUGUACAAAAGAUAUGUAGAUGAUGUUCUAAUUAUUUGGAAGAAUGACGCAAUGAUAAAACGAUUCUUAUGCCAAGUGAACUCUAACCAACAUGGCUUAAAACUUAACCUGGAGCAAAUUAGUAACAAGGAGCUGCACUUCCUGGACGUCAGCAUUGAAUUUAAGAAUGGAGCUUUAUGUACGAAGAUCUACAUUAAGCCCACGCAUGAUCCUAUGUAUAUUCCGGCAAAUUCUAAUGACCCAACGGUUUAUAAGCUGUCCGCAUUUAGAGCGCUAAUCAGAAGAGCGUUUCUCUAUUGCUCAAAUGUAAUAGACACCAUGAAUGAGUUGUGUAGGAUCAAAAAAGUUGCAAAGGAGUUAGGGUUUGGAGUAAGAUCUAUAGAACGUUUAAUAGAAGCGUACGUAAAACCUAAGAGCAGCUCUAAGAAGAAACCGGAAGCUGGGGGUAACUUCGCAAGGUUUACCUAUAAUAAAUGUCUCUUCCCGAUUAUGAAGCAAAUAGCGAGGCACAAAAACGCCAGUAUAAUAUAUAAAAGGGCCCCCACAGUGUAUAGGUUGAUUAGAAAUGACAAAGAAAGAAUUGAUGAUAACGAACAGGCAGGAGUUUAUGCAAUUCCCUACAAAAAUGACCAGUUGGGAAUCGAUAAGGACUAUGUUGGGGUCACUAAUAGAAACCUUAGGGUGAGAAUUAAGGAGCACCGAUACGAUGUCGCAAAAAACAAGUGUACAACAGCAUUAUCCAAAAUGGCGCAAGCGGAUGGUUCGAUUGUUAAAUGGGAGGAUGCCAAAAUUCUUACAAAAGUACGCUCGCCAACGUUGUCAUCCAUAACUGAGAAAUGUGAAAUUUACAGAGCGAGUUUGGCUGACAGAUGUUUAAAUUAUAAAGAUGCGACGGUAUUACCGUCAUCCUGGAAAUAUAUAGUAAGAAGUAACACGAGUAAUAAUGCGUCUACAGUGACUCAAUAG